UGUGAACCACGCAUGCGCACCGAGAGACUGGAGCUUAAGGUCGAUUAAAGGUUUUUUGACAUUUCUAUUCCAAUUAAUGGUCGAAAAUGCCGGAGGAUCACGACAAAGAUGUGUAUCCAGUGCCUCCCCGCAAGACUCCAGUGGUGGAUCAAGUAACUACGUUGCCGAAUCCCGCUUUAAUACUGUCUAAGCUCUUCUACUACUCGGUGGAUGUGCCAGUGACCACAUUCAGAGGUAUUAUUGAAGGCAUCCAGGGCGAUAAGAAGUCCCACUACUACCAUCAGAAGUUUCGCCGUGUUCCUGAGUUAACUGAAUGCCAGGAAGGAGAUUAUCUGUGCUAUUAUGAGGCCGAGAUGCAGUGGAGGAGAGACUAUAAGGUGGAUCAGGAGAUCGUGAAGGUGAUCCAGGAGCGUGUUCGGGCCUGCCAGCAGCGUGAGGGUCCCAGUUACAAACAGAACUGUAUUCCAGAACUGAAGCAGUUUGAUCAAGUGUCCAAGGCCUUUCAGUCACGCUACGGGGACCUCGGCGCGUACGCCAGUGGGCGAAAGUGUUUGAUGAAACAGAAGGAGAGGAUGAUGGCAGAGACACAGAAGGCAUAAACCUCCUGUCCUUCAGCUUUUCUAUGUCCGUCUCUCUCUCACCUGUGUAUCAAAGUGUAAAAUAAAGUUUAUUGGAAAGUGA